AUGAAUACCCCCACUAAGACCGUGCAUUUCAAGGACAAGGUCAGGGUGAGACGAGUCCCAUCUCGUUCUGCCAUAUCAGACGAUCUCAAGUCACAGCUUUGGGUGUCCCACGAAGAGAUUCUGAAGCAAGCGCAUGGUUGCAAAAAAAGUUUCAACUUUCUGAAGAUGAAUUCUAUGCUAUCAAGUAAGAUGGUCGAUGGUACAAGUAGACUGUACCUGGAUGGUCUCGAGUCGUCGGAAGAGAAACGAAAACGACAUGUGCGCAUGUUCCGGGCCAUGCAAUCGGUCCUGGAUGAACAAAGUAGGUUAUGGAGUGGACAAGACUUUUCAACAGCUGCUGCACCUAUGGAACACGUGAAAAUGGAAGAACAAAUCGCCAGGAUAUACGGCAAGCACGCUGCCGAAUCUUCAGACUUGGCACAUGAACGAGGAUUGAACCAAGCACACACUCUAGUUUGUGGAAGAGAAGAAGGCAAGGCUGAAUCGAAGAAUACUACUAAUAAGGUUUCCGAGAACGACAGCAAUGGCCUGCAGGUCGACAAACGGGGGAGACAGAACCACCUAUUCGAUAGGCUGAAAGGUUCCUCUCGAAGAUCACCGAGACCAGCCCGACGAUCACCACAGCCACAUCACCGGGAACAGGAAAGACGGCCCCGCUAG